AUGAGCGCAGAUCGCAAUCCCAGCACCGCAUCUGGCAUGCACCGCAAAUCCGUCGCCGAAGAACCAGUGACUUCUGUUCUUGCCCCAGGAGAAGUACCCAUCUUCGAAAGGGAACUCAAUGCCGAUGAAGAAGUCCUUGCUGCUCUAGGUUACAAACCCGAAUUCAAGCGUGAAUUCUCCCUCUGGACAACUUUCUGUGUAUCGUUUGCCGUGCUUGGAUUACUCCCGUCUUUCGCAUCGACAUUGUACUAUGGGAUGGGUUACGCAGGAACGCCUGGUAUGGUUUGGGGAUGGUUGAUCGCAAUGGCAUUCAUCCAAUGUAUCGCCAUGGGCAUGGCUGAACUAUGUUCCUCCAUGCCAACAUCUGGAGGAUUGUACUACGCUGCAGCAGUCCUUGCACCACCAGGCUACGGCCCCCUCGCAUCCUGGAUCACAGGCUGGUCGAACUGGCUCGCUCAAGUAACUGGCGCACCGUCAGUCGACUACGCCCUUGCAUCCAUGAUCCUGGCUGCCGGAUCCAUCAACAACCCGGACUUUGUGCCGCAAAACUAUCAAGUGUUCCUGCUCACGACGCUCAUCAUGAUCAUCCACGCCAUGAUCUCGUCUAUGCCGACGCGAUGGAUCGCCACAUUCAACUCGUACGGAAGCACGUUCAACAUCAUCGCCCUCGUCAUUGUGGUCAUCACCAUCCCCGCGGCGACCACAAGAUCGGACCAGGGUCUCCCGCGCUUCACCAAGAGCAGCACGGUCUGGGGCAACUUCUACGAGGGCACCGACUUCCCCAACGGCGUGGCAGUCCUCAUGUCGUUUAUCGCCGUCAUCUGGACCAUGUCCGGCUACGAUGCCCCAUUCCACCUGGCGGAAGAAUGCAGCAACGCCAACAUCGCCAGCCCGCGGGCCAUUGUCCUGACGUCCGGCGUUGGUGGGUUAAUGGGCUGGUUCCUCCAGCUCGUCGUCGCGUACACGGUGAUCGACAUCGACGCCGUACUGGGCUCGGACCUUGGGCAGCCGUGGGCGUCGUACCUGAUCGAGGUGCUCCCGAAAAAGACGGCCAUGGCUCUGCUCUCGAUGACCAUCGUCUGCGGGUUCUCCAUGGGUCAGGGGUGCAUGGUCGCGGCGUCGCGCGUCACCUUCGCCUAUGCGCGCGAUGGCUGCUUCCCUGGCUCGCGAUGGUGGAAGCAGGUCAACCCGCACACGAAGACACCCGUCAACGCCGUCUGGUUCAACACUACGAUCGGGAUCCUACUGACCCUGCUCCUGUUCGGCGGCGAGGCGUCGAUCGGUGCCAUCUUCAGCGUCGGCGCCAUCGGCGCCUUUGUCGCCUUCACCAUCCCCAUCACCAUCCGCACGUUCUUCGUCGGCAACCGCUUCCGCCGCGGACCGUGGCACCUGGGCAAGUUCUCGUUCCCGAUCGGCGUCCUGUCGACCUGCUUCACCGCCCUCAUGAUCCCGAUCCUGUGCCUGCCGAGCUUGACGGGUUCCGACCUCGACGCCUCCGGAAUGAACUGGACCUGUCUCGUGUGGGGCGGGCCCAUGCUGUUCGUGCUGGUCUGGUGGGUCGUCGAUGCGCACAAGUGGUUCAAGGGACCCAAAGUCAACAUCGCACAUCAAAUGCUCGGUCGGGAAGGGAACCUCCUCGAAGGGAAAGAGGAGCCCGGUCCCGGCUCGGAGUCUGAUCAGGCCGUCAAGGGUGACGACAAGGCUUUGGAUGUGUAA